AUGCGUCUCUCAGAAUUAACCUUGUCGCUUUGUGCGAUUCUGGUGGCAGGUCCUUCCAGUGUAGCAUCCUUCUAUCUUCCAGGAGUCGCACCUACGAAUUAUCAAACCGGAGAUCGAGUACCGCUCACCGUCAACCGCCUAACGCCCUCGCAAUCCGAACAAGACGCUCAAGUCCGAUCUGUCUUUGCCUUCGACUACUACCACCAUGCCUUCCACCACUGCGAGCCUGAAGGCGGCCCACAGCAAAAGAGCGAGAGUUUGGGAAGCAUCCUGUUUGGAGACCGCAUUCAGACUUCACCGCUAGAGCUAUACAUGGGCAAGAAUGAGUCUUGCAAGGCUGUAUGCGGCAAGCAGACCUUCCAGCCUCGCGACGCCAAAUUUGUCAAUGCUCGCAUCUUGCAGAACUACAAUGUCAACUGGAACAUUGACGGCCUGCCUGCUGCUCAGAAGAUGAUCGAUGCCAACGAUGCCAUCUUCUACAGCCCUGGCUUUUCUCUUGGCCAGGUACAGGCCAACACUCAGACCCCGGUCCUCAACAACCACUACAACAUCUUUGUUGAAUACCACCAGGCUGCCCAGGAUCAGUACCGCGUCGUUGGGGUUCUGGUUGAGCCAGCUUCUUCCAUCGACUCCAAGCUGCUGGACGAUGGCAAGGUCCAGUGUGGUGACAUUGCUCAUCCCGUUGUGCUUUCUGACAAGGAUGCUACCGACAUCGUCUGGACAUAUAGCGUUUACUGGGUACCCUCACCUACUUCAUUCGCUACACGCUGGGACAAAUAUCUCCAUGUCUACGAUCCGCGCAUCCACUGGGUCUCGCUGACCAUCUCUGCCAUGAUUGUCGUCGCUCUUGUCGGCAUGGUAUCUACCAUUCUUCUCCGAACCCUACGCAAGGACAUUGCCCGCUACAACCGCCUCGAUGAUCUGGCUCUUGAUGACUUUGGCGGUAGCGGUCUGGACGACAGUGUACAAGAAGAUUCAGGCUGGAAGUUGGUGCACGGCGAUGUCUUCCGCCCACCGAGACACCCCAUGGUCUUGUCUAUUCUGGUCGGUAACGGCGCCCAGCUCUUCAUGAUGACCGGUUUCACCAUUGCUUUUGCGCUGCUCGGCUUUCUGUCUCCUUCAAAUCGCGGAUCCCUGACUACCGUCAUGGUCAUGCUGUACACCUUCUUCGGCGCAGUGGGAGGUUAUGUCUCUGCACGUGUGUACAAGUUCUUCCACGGCGACGCUUGGAAGCAGAAUAUCGCCUACACACCCCUGCUCAUCCCAGGCACUGUAUUCGGUGUGUUCUUCCUCAUGAAUCUAUUCGUCUGGGCGCGCCAGUCUUCCGGAGCUGUACCAUUCACCACCAUGCUCGCACUCAUCAGCAUCUGGUUCCUCAUUUCCGUGCCUCUUUCCGUCGGUGGCUCAUGGCUCGGGUUCCGCGCGCCUGAGUCCACACCUCCUGUCCGCACCAACCAGAUUCCUCGCCAGAUCCCACCUUCAACAGGAUAUCUGCGUCCCUUGCCGUCCAUGUUCCUCGUCGGCAUUUUGCCUUUCGGCGCCAUAUUCCUCGAGCUGUACUUUAUCAUCAGCAGUAUCUGGUUCAGCCGUAUCUACUACAUGUUCGGCUUCCUGUUCCUCUGCUAUGGCCUCAUGAUAGUCACUUCUGCUGCCGUCACUAUCCUUAUGGUGUACUUUGCUCUCUGCGCGGAAAACUACCAUUGGCAGUGGAGAGCGUUUUUCACGUCUGGCGCGUCGGCCAUCUAUGUGUUUUUGUAUGCUAUGCUUUAUUGGGUGCGGACGCUGAGCUUUACGUCUUGGACGAGUGGAGUCUUGUAUUUGGGGUACUCUGCGCUGAUUAGCGCGUUGUGGUUUGUGUUGACUGGCACUAUUGGCUUUGUUGCCACGUGGGCGUUUGUGUAUAGGAUCUAUGGGUCGUUGAAGAUUGAUUGA